UGUGUAAUCAGUCGUGUGACCGCUGGAGAGCUCGCGCCGCUUGGUUCUAAUCGAAUUACCGAGAGAUUAGUGCUGGUAACCCCAUCAAAACCGGUGCACUCCACAGGCCCAGGCUAUGGCUACAUCUAUACUUGGGGAGGAACCGCGCUUCGGAACCACUCCUCUGGCCAUGCUGGCUGCCACCUGCAACAAGAUCGGCAACACCAGCCCGCUCACCACUCUGCCCGAGUCCAGCGCUUUCGCCAAGGGCGGAUUCCACCCGUGGAAAAGGUCUCCUUCCAGCUGCAACCUGGGAUCGAGCCUGCCGGGCUUCGCGGUGGCCACGAGCCGGGGCUCGGCCGGACUAACCGCGUCCACGGGGACGGGCAGCAGCGCCUUCUGCCUGGCGUCCACGUCGCCGACAUCGUCCGCCUUCAGCACAGAGUACAGCAGUUUGUUCUCGAACUCGGCCGGCGUGUCCACGCAGGAGUCCGGCCAGUCCGCCUUCAUCUCCAAAGUGCACAGCUCGGCGGACACGCUGUACCCGCGGGUGGGGAUGGCGCACCCGUACGAGUCGUGGUACAAGCCCGGCUUCCACUCCACCAUCUCGGGAGAUGUGGCGAACGGGGCGUCCUCGUGGUGGGACGUGCACACGAACCCGGGCUCCUGGCUGGAGGUUCAGAACCCGGCCAACAGCCUGCAGACGUCGCUGCACUCGGGAGCCCCGCAGGGCAUUCACUCCCAGCUGAGCGGCUACAACCCCGACUUCUCCACCCUGACGCACUCCGCCUUCAGCUCCACGGGAAUAAGCCCCACGGCCUCUCACCUUCUGUCCACGAGUCAGCACCUGUUGACGCAGGAGGGCUUCAAAACCGUCAUCCCCACGUACACGGACUCCUCCGCCCCGAACGCUAUGAUCUCGGGAGGGGGGUCUGCGCUGGGGGGCUCGUCCAGGUCGUCCAGGAGGUACUCGGGCAGGGCCACCUGCGACUGCCCCAACUGCCAGGAGGCCGAGCGGCUGGGGCCCGCGGGAGCGAGCCUGCGGAGGAAGGGUCUGCACAGCUGUCACAUCCCGGGCUGCGGGAAGGUCUACGGCAAAACGUCGCACCUGAAGGCGCACCUGCGCUGGCACACCGGGGAGAGACCCUUCGUGUGUAACUGGCUCUUUUGCGGGAAAAGGUUCACGAGGUCGGACGAGCUGCAGAGACACCUGCGCACGCACACCGGGGAGAAGAGGUUCGCGUGCCCCGUGUGUAACAAGCGCUUCAUGCGGAGCGACCACCUGAGCAAACACAUCAAAACACACACCGCUGGGGGAGGGGGCGGCAAGAAGGGCAGCGACAGUGACACGGACACGAGCAACCUGGAGACCCCCCGGUCCGGGUCACCCGAACUGCUGCUGGAGGGAGUGAACUCCGGAGGAGUCCCGGUGAAGGAGCCCCCUCCUCACGACGAGUAGCGAUCGGCCACAGACCUCCCUUCCCCCCCCCUCGGAGCACCUUUUAAGCCACCCGCGGCAAUGGGACGCGUGGAACGCUACUAGUCUGCGAAAUCACGUCACCUUCGUUCGCAAGAACCCAGUUCACCUGCAGUCCCAGCGAUCCGAAACACUUUAAAAACCACUUAA